AUUCAGGCCACAUCCAAAAUGACAGUCAAGGCGUUGCGAGCCAUUGCUGAUGGCAAGAAUGGCCUGGGGGCGUUUGUCCUUCAGUGCAGGAAGCUGGAUCUGCAUUACUGCGACUGGGCGGGCAGCUCAAGGGGAAUGAAUGGCUUCAUCAAAUCACUGCUUCCCAAGUUCGCAGCCGCCAACCCCCAGAUCGAGUUCGCCGUUUCCCCACGACCCGGCAAGCACCCCGUCGUCGUCGGACACUACAUCAACGGCCGUACAAAGCCCAUCUGCGUGCGCAACCUCUCGCCAUACGAGAUCCUGCAAAAGGUGGAACUGUUGAGAGAUGCUAGUGGAGAGAAGUUGAGGAGGACGAACAAGGCUGUUCUGAGCACCAAGCCCAGUGUCAGAGGCAUCUGGUCUCCGUACCACGGCAAGGGAAUGGCUGUAUGAUUUGAGCGAAUUUUCUGUUUUACUACGGUUUUUUAUGUAUUAUGCCCGUGUAUUUGUAUUAGGAUGGAGCACAUAGAUAAAAUUGGUAUUGGGCUGCUGGUGCAUAUAGGACACACCGCUACAAGAUGUAAAUCACUGCAACUUGCUGGGAAUAAUGUCCAUAUCAUUUACGAAUUUUAUUGUCUUAUCGGAAGCUUCAUUACUUUUUUUUAUACACUAUAUUUAACUUUUAUCGGAUUAUGUUUUCUAGGCAAGAGAAAGCAUUUACUGCUUCUGGCAGUUGAUGAUGUCGACAACUAAGGCUCGUUAGCAUAUGAGAG